AUGGCCAAUAUUGAUUCACAUCUAGAAGGCGAGAUCAAGAUCGAUGAUCGGGAGAUAAGCACGAUGGGCCUCAAUGAACUGAGCUGCAAAAUCUCCAUUAUACUACAGGAACCUGUGCUCUUUUCCGAGAGUCUGCGUUACAAUCUGGAUCCGUUUAAUCAGUAUGAUGACUUGAAGCUGUGGGAAGUGUUGCGACAAGUCGAGCUGAGUGAUGUCACACUAGACCACGAUAUCUUCUCUGGCGUCGGUCAGAAGCAAUUCAUAUGACUGGC